AAUUGAUUGAUGGGGAGAGUAUAUACGGUCAUCGAUUCUCUCUCUUAUUCCGAAUUCAUUCCAUCACAUUUUUCUCUCUGUGCAGGCGAAAGUAUGUUUGGGCAGCGAAUGUCACGUCCUAGUCCUGUAGAGUAGCUCACCGCGGGCAGCGGGAUGAAUCUCUCCGGCAGCCGGUGGUUUGUGGCCAAUUUCGUGUCAGAGGUGCCAGUGCUGGCUAAGUCCAUCGGCCAGUUGCCGGCGGUUGGUGUAGCUCCCGUCCUCAACGCAGUCGUGCUGGUGUGCUGCUGGAUGACGAUGCUGUUGUUCGUGGAGUGGAUGUGUAUGGGGGCAGUCAUUGCUUUUGUCAAAGUGUUCCGGAGAACGCCGGAGAAGCGCUUCAAAUGGGAGCCAUUCAGAGACGACGACGUUGAGCUCCGAAACGCCUCUUUCCCUAUGGUUCUUGUUCAGAUCCCAAUGUACAAUGAGAAAGAGGUGUAUAAGCAGUCAAUUGGAGCGGUAUGUGAGCUUUCUUGGCCUUGUGAGCGAUUCAUAGUUCAAGUCCUUGAUGAUUCAACGGACCCAAGCAUUAAGGAAAUGGUGGAAAUGGAGUGUGAAAGGUGGGCAAGGAGGGGAAUGGAUAUAAAGUAUGAGAUCAGAGACAACAGAAAUGGGUACAAAGCAGGGGCAUUGAGUGAAGGGAUGAGGCAUUCUUAUGUGAAGGAAUGCGAAUAUGUUGUUAUUUUCGACGCCGACUUUCAACCUGAUCCUGAUUUCCUUCGCCGCGCCAUCCCUUACCUAGUCCAUAAUCCCGACCUCGCCCUCGUUCAAGCACGAUGGAAAUUUGUGAAUGCUGACGAAUGCUUUAUGACCAGAACUCAAGAGAUUUCUUUGAAUUUCCAUUUCAGUGUGGAGCAAGAAGUUGGCUCUUCCACCUACGCUUUUUUCUCCUUCAAUGGAACAGCAGGUGUUUGGAGAAUUGCUUCGAUUGAGGAUGCAGGUGGGUGGAAUCAUCGGACCACUGUUGAGGAUAUGGACUUGGCUGUCCGGGCUAGCCUCAAGGGGUGGAAGUUUUUAUACCUCAGUUCUCUCAAGGUGAACAGUGAGCUACCUAGUUCAUUUAAGGCAUUACGCAACCAACAGCACAGAUGGUCAUGUGGACCCGCUAAUCUCUUCAGAAAAAUGUUCAUGGAGGUAGUGAGAAAUAAGAAUGUAAACUCGUGGAAGAAGAUUUAUAUAAUAUACAGUUUCUUCUUUGUUAGAAAGGUCAUUGCCCAUGUCGGAACUUUUGUAUUUUACUGUUUGGUUCUGCCAACAACAUGUUUGGUUGCGGAAGUUGAUGUUCCGAAAUGGGGAACUACUUAUGUUCCUUUUGUGAUCACCAUUAUCAAUAUUCUUGCAACACCAAGGUCACUUCAUUUGGUGGUAUUCUGGAUCCUUUUUGAGAAUGUUAUGGCAGUUCAUCGAGCUAAGGCUACCAUAAUGGGCUUGUUUGGGGUUGGCAGGGUCAAUGAGUGGGUUGUUACAGAAAAGUUAGGGGAUGCUCCAAAGUUGAAAUCAGCUAUUGAAGGUUCUAGGAAACCUUAUUUCAAGAUUUUGGAAAGGUGGGAGAAGAGUUCGGAGCCUUCGGCAUUUGAGAUAUAUUGGCUAGAGGAAGGCUUUGACCGGGGGUUGAACUUUCAUAUAGUGUAUGGGCUCAGAAUACGCUCCAUCAAAUUUGAUUUGUUACAUUGCAACUAUUCAUGAAUGAGCACCUCUUCAAGCGUGGGCAUGUCUUCAUCAGGAUGUAUAUUUUAGAGCUUGCAAUUGGUGUAUAUCUUUUGUUCUGUGGAACCUUCGAUCUUGUUUUUGGGAAGCGACAGUAUUGUUGGUAUAUCUUACUUCAAGCAAUUGCCUUCUUUAUAGCAGGAUUUGGGUAUAUUGGCACGUUUGUUCCUAGCUCUUAGCAACUCUGCAAGAAUAAGAUUUCUCUACAGGGUUUUUAAUUUAAUAUUGCACUGCGGAUUAAACAGAUUCUUUCUCCAAAAUUGUGUUUUAAAUUUAGAUAUUGUUCAAUUAGGAGUAAACAUAAACAUCAUUGCACAAGAGUAAAACAUAAAACUUCCUUAAGAGUAAA